AUGCAUUGCCAAAGUAUUUCAAUUGGUUGGCAAUCAUCGAUGAAUUUAUCUCCUCCUGGCUUUCAGUUCUUACCUAUUAAUUAUCAAGCACUUUUUUUGUCUCAAACAAAUAUUAAAUCAUUUAUUUCUUGUGCUCAAACAUGCCAUUCAAAUAGCAAUUGUCGUAUAUUUGAUUUUGAUGAUCAAUCACUUUUGUGUCGUCUUUUUGAAGGUAAUAUAAUAACUAUGGGUUCAAUAGUUGCUUCUUCAUCAGCUCAAUCUCGUGUUGGUUCAAAAAUAUAUUAUGCAGAACAGUUUAAUAAUCUUG